UGUCAAGAGAUGGCAAGUAAAUGGAAUGGAGAUAUCCUGUGGAUAAAACGAAGGCACGGGAGUUGACUAAUCGGGUGAAGAAAAGGAACCUUUUUUGACGUCAACAUCGGUCAACCAUCCUUCAAUCCCCAAUCAAAUGUCGCAAACCAUGCCUCCCCAGUCGGAAGACAGUGAAGUGUCCAAACGGAGCUGCGUCCGUUGCAAUCGGCGCAAAGUGCGUUGUGAUCGAAAACAGCCCUGCGCUCAAUGCCUCCAGGCCAACGCCGAGUGCAUUCAUCCAGGAAAUAAACGGGCUCCGCGCAAGCUGAACCGGCCCCCAAUUGCGGCGCUCCGCACUCGUCUGCAGCAGCUGGAGGAGGAAGUGGAACGGCUCCAGGCUGCUGAUGGUAGAUCUGCUGUGGGAUCUCGAGCAGCCCAUGAAGCUGAGAGGCCAAUGCCUGUCGAUACCAAACCUUUGCACGGCAUGUUGGUGGUUCAAGAUGAGACCAAGAGUCGCUACGUAGCGGACGACGCAUUUGUGUUUCUAAGGAAUAAGAUUCCGGGACUGCAAGAGCUUUAUCGCCAAUCGUGGGACAAGGGACAUUCCUCGAAUUCUGAGCUCGGCCUCGACGCAGGUCGCUCUGAUCCGCUGCAACCUCUGCAGAUGGAGAUGCUAUGGCCGGUCUACAAGUCCAACGUUGCGCACGUGGUCACCAUUCUGCAUACAUCCUCGGUCGAGUCCGUGAUUCGUCAAGCUUGUGUUAACCCGUACGUUGAGCUGGAUCCGGAAUCGGACGCGCUCAUUCGAGCGGUUUUCUUCGCGGCGGUGGUCAGCAUGGAUCCUGCCCAUUGCUGGUCAGUCGUCGGUGAUGAGCGUGAUGUCUGCUUGCGCGAAUUCCGGCUUGCUGUGGAGCGAUCGCUAGCAAAGGCCAACCUUGUCUGCUCGGACGAUAUCCGGGUUCUGCAGGCCGCAGUUCUCUAUCUGUUAUGUCUGCGCUGCGUAUGCGAUUCCAAACAGAUAUGGGUGGAAGCAGCAGUCGUGGUACGCGUGGCGCAGAGACAAGGGAUCCAUCGCGACGGUCAAAAUCUAGGUCUGAGUCCGUUUGAUAUCGAAAUGCGACGUCGACUGUGGUCGCACAUCUGCAUACUUGACAUCCUCUGCUCCGAAGACCAGGGGACUGACACCCAAAUUCGGCCGGAGAUGUUCGACACGGAGCCUCCACUGAAUAUUGACAGCGACGAUCUUUCGCCCACCUUGACCGAAUUGCCUUCUCCCCAAGCCGGGUUUACUGAUAUCACAUUGUGCAUCAUUCAGUACGAGAUAAUGGCCCAUAUUUCUUGGACCGACAAGUCCUUUGGAUCGGGAAGCAAUCAAUCGCACUUGCAAAGUGAACGAAGCUCCCUGCCAGAAUUGGCAGCCAGUCUCGAAGAACGGUAUCUACAGAAGUUUGACCUGAGAAUUCCGAUCCAGUGGGUCACGGCUGUGAUCUUUCGUCUCACUCUAUCAAAGGCAUCCUUGGUCAAUCAUCUCUCUAACUCGGCGGCAUUGGAUCAAGAGUCCACCGCCACGGACGACGAGAUCUUCAUCCUAGCAGUCGAGAUCUUGAAGUUUUCCAGCCUCCUGCAGAACAACGAGAUAACGACCCCGUGGGCGUGGCUCUGCAGAAGCUACAAGCAAGAACAUGCCAUGGCCUUGAUCCUCUCAGAGCUCUGUUCUCGGCCUAUCUCGCCCGAAACAGAUCAUGCAUGGGACCUGGUGAAGGCGGUCUACGACCAAUGGCAGGCCGAUAAUAAGAUCAACUCCCAGAUGCAGGAGCCGGUGUCGCUGCUCAUGGAGCGCGCCAGUAUCUCGCGGAAGAACAGAGCUGGCGCUCUCUGGGGAGCUGCCGAGUGAGCGCCAUAAAGUCCACUCGCCUCUAGUCCAGACAGGCCAUUUGAAAAAGAUUGCUGUUUUGUUGUCUGAAAUCAAUAUCGCCAAGCAAUCAGGUCAUAUACCAAGCUUACUAGAGAACAGAUUCACAGUGAAUAGAUUAUAUAUCAUACAUGCAUUAAACAAA